AUGACUUCCACACCAGCAGCACACAUCAAAUCCCUCGACCACCUCGUCCUAACCGUCACCUCCAUACCCCGCACCACCCAAUGGUACAAGGCAAAUCUGGGUAUGAAAUCCGAACAAUUCGUCUCCAGUGCCACUCCAGAUAUCACGUGCCAUUCAUUACUUUUUGGUUCGCAGAAAAUCAAUCUACAUGAACUUGGAAAGGAGUUUGAACCCAAAGCUUCAAAUGUCAAGGAGGGAAGCGCAGAUUUAUGUUUUUUCACGGACGACGAUGUGAAAGAUGUUCGUAGACGUCUAAUAGAUGCAGGCGUGGAAAUGGUAGACCUGAGUCCCGAGAAGGGAAUUGUGAAUCGCACAGGUGCCCGAGGCAAGUUGAGAAGUGUUUAUUGUAGAUAUCCAGACGGGAAUUUGAUCGAGUAA